AGCGUACACGAAACUGUGUUAUAUACAGUGAUCUUUUAUUUUGUACUCUUUGUACACUGUCUUCAUCUCAAUUAUUCGUAUAAUUCAUCCACCGUAUACAUGAUCAAUGUGGUUAAAAGCGAGUAUAGUGAAACAGCACAAGUAGAAAGAGGGAUGUUUCGCGCUCAGUUGAGAUGCGCAAAAUAACAUCAUUCUCUCGUGAAAUUUACUUAUAAUUGUAACUUAACCUUUUUAUACUCUUCAUUUCUAUGGUAUGAAUGAUGUAUAUAAUACCAUUUAUUGUCUAACAAACAAUUGUACCAAGAAACAAAGGAAUUGUCAUAAAAUUUAGGGGAAGGAUGUAAUAAAUAAUAUAAUUAAAGUGCAAAUAAAAUACUGAAAUUGAAAUAUUAUAUGAUAAUUUAAUUAUCAAAUUUCAAUCAGCAGAUUUAAGAAACACAAAAUUGGUGAUUUGACUUGUUUAUUUUUAAUAUUACUUGACACAAUGGAUAGUUAUUAUGAUUCCUUUAGUUUCAAUAAACAAACAGCCACCCUAUUACGUGGUCUGGGUAUACCUGAAUUAAUACCAGAAUUUAGGAAAAGAAAUAUAUCAACUGAUAUAUUGCACGAGCUUAGUACUCAAGAACUGAUAUUAUUAGGUGUUGAUUCUCAAAAGGCUGAAGAAAUAAGAAAAGCUUUAAAUGUGAAAAAAAGAAGGUCUAGAAUUACGCAAACAAAUGUUGAAGACAGGCUUCAGCAUUUUCUUGAAAUAAUUAAACAUGGAGAACAUCAAUUAUCUUUGAUACAGGCAUUUGUGGCAUAUUGUAGAUUAAGGCUCACGAAAGAAAGAAUUAACAUUUUUAUUGAUCCUAAUAAGUGUUUGAGUGCUUCUGAAGCACUGCCUAUAUCUGUUAGUGCAACAUUGGCAGAAGUAGAAGAAGCACAAAACAAUCUUUCUAAUCUUGAAAAAUUAAUUCUAUUGCUGUUCGCGAUAAUUGUGUUCGGAUGCAUAAGCAACAAGGGAUAUAUAACAAGAACAGACGGAAAAGAGGUGUGUCUCUACAACGAGGACCACAAUGCUUGCAAUUAUGGAAUAGGAAUUGGAGUUCUUGCAUUUCUUGCAAGCAUCGGAUUCCUUGCCGGGGAAUAUCUCUUUGAGCAGAUGUCCUCUGUGAAAACCAGAAAACAUUUUGUUCUUCUUGAUUUAGGAUUUUCAGGCUUUUGGGCAUUCCUCUACUUUGUUGGAUUUUGUUAUUUAACUAAUGCCUGGAAUAAUUCGAAAACACCGGAGGGUAAUUAUGGAGUAAAAAAUGUCCAAAGUGCCAUCGCUUUCUCCUUCUUCUCCAUUUUUACUUGGGCUGGCUGCGCCUGGUUCGCCUUCCAAAGAUUCAAACAAGGAACUGACGCCGCUUUUGCGCCAAGUUAUGAAGCAGAUCCAGUAGGUGGAACAGGAUAUACAAGCUAUCCUGAUGCAACUGAUACAGGCUAUCAGGAGCCACCUUUUGGGCAACAACAGCAACAGCAACAACAGCAGCGGAUGCCUGAUUUCCGAGCCCCGACUUACUAACCCUCUCACACAUAAUCUAACGCUAUCGACACAACGCAAGAAAAUUAAUAGGAAAACAAGACAGAAGCUCUACGAGGUAAUCUUCGAUCAUCGAGCAAUGUCGAUAGAGUAAAUUUUCAUAGUAUGGUAACUAGUGAUUGAAAAGGGACAAGAAGGCGAGCAAACGAGGGAAACAAAGAAGCAGGCGAGCAGAAGAUAAGGAGGAGAGAAAGGGAGAAUGUCCAUGUGUAUCUGUGUGCGUGUGUGUGCGUGUGUACACGUAUGAAAGAGAACAGAAAACAAUGAAUGAAUGUGUACAAGCAAAAACAACAAAACGUUACUUGUUAAAACUGUGCUUCUUAUUGUUGACCACUUGUAAGUCUUACGCCUAAGGUCAAGUGGCGUAAGCGACGAAGAAAAAAGAAAAAGAAAAAAAAAUGGGUUAAUCACCCUUGAAU